AUGCAAAGCCCUUUAUGCAAGAGCUGAGGUGAUAAUCCAGAUCUCCUGGCUUUAGUCCAUUUGGGGUGACCCAAGACAGCCAGAACAAGCAACCCCAAGACGACGCUGUGGGUGCUGACAGCCGAGAGCUCCCUUUCCCACCUGCUUCAGCCCUACGCCAAGCUCUCAAAGGUCAGUGCUCGCAGUGAGCUACAGGGCCCUGCCCGCAGCUCUGCGCUCAGCCCGGAACAAGAGGGGAAGGAGCCUGCUCCACCUGCCCCACCUUCGGAGGAUGCUCUGAGGCAUCAAAGCUGUGGUGCCAGUGGAUUAUGACCGCAUGGGAGCUGUGUUGCAUCUGCAAAUCUCCGUCGUGCAUCAAGGGCGAAUCUGAGCAGAGCCACUGUGCAGACUGAAGAGCUGGAGAGGACGGUGCAGAGGUUCAGAGGCACACCGUGAUGGUGGGAGCCAUUCCACGGCAGCCACGCCGCUUCUGGGGGGUGCCUGGCUGGCAGGUGUCUUCAGCUAGUUGUGCCAACGGCCGCCCGCUGCGGGACCCAGAACUUAAUCCGGAGCAAAGCGGGGUUCUGCUGCAGAGGGAUGCUGCGCUGCAGUGCACCCCGUAGCAGAGGGCUCACCCGGAUGUCCUGAGCAAGGCGGGGUCCAGCUCCCACCCCCUGCCCUCGCACCCUGACCUGUGGCACUUUACAGUCCCCCUCCUGCUGCUGCAUGGGCUGUUCUGACUCCAGCUCCGCUCAGAGUCCAGGCAAGUAAGGCUCCAUGCGGCACAUCCACGCGGAGACGUCCCUGCCCCCAGAGCGCGGCACAGACCCCAGCCUGUCCCAGCCCAGUGGAGAGGCGCCCUUGGAGCCUUCCUCGCAGCGCUGCACCCGCCGUGGCAUCCUCAUGGGCUACAACGAGACAGAGAUCAAGCGCCAGAAGGUUUACCAGGUGUCCAUCUUCUCCCAUCUCUCCAGCUCCUCUGAGAGCACGGAGCAGCGGGCAGGCAGCCGGCCAGCUGUCAAGAGGGGUUACCCCGAGCAGCGAACUCCGGAGGGGGGGCGAGAUCCCAAACGAACUCACUGGGGUGGCGGGGGGGUGGACGGCAAGCGCGACGGGGGCCCUGGGCAGGCUUCCCUGGAUGAUGACGAUACCUUCGAGGACGGUCUGCUGGUGGAGGAGCUAUCCCUGUGCGGCUCUGCCCAGCACUUCUCCCACAGCGGGCUGCGGGUGGUGGAGCACCGAUGUGAGGGCAGCCCUAGCCACAGCCCCAAGGCCAGCAGAGAGGACAAGUCGCAGGAUGUCUCCUCCUCCUCCUGGCCCCAGCACAUUGCCUGCAGUACUUUGCACAUGAGAGACGGUUGCCCUGUCUCAUCAGGGGAUCAGCCCACAGACUAUGGGGAGAAUGGGGAACGGGCAAGUGGCCACAACUUGCUUCACCUUGAUUUGCACAAUAUUGCACAAACAGCCCGGCUGGACUCUGGUGGGAGGAGAGAGAAGCCAGGGAGCAACCCAGCUCACAGCAGCAGGGCUAGCGGAGAAGAGGAAUGGCCAGUGGUGGCCAAUGGGUGCAAGGAGCCCCCAGCUCCACAGACAGCGCUCAGCCCUGAGCCCAGCAACCUGAGCUCCCUGGAGAAGACGCCCUGUGGGAGCAGCCAGCUCAGCGGCAGCAGCUGCCCGGCCAAAAGAAAGCUGCUGCCUGCUGGUGAGGUUGUGGCCGACUCCUGCUCUGAGGACGAGAGCCUGUCCCCGCCGGCAAGGAAGAGGGUCCUGCCAUGCCAUGCGGUGCCCACGGCCUGCCGCAGCACUGAUGCCAAGGGGGCCCCAUUCUGGAAUCACCUGCUUCCCACAGCCAAGAGCUCUGCAGAUUGCACUGUGGUCGGGAGGAGGCUGAAGAGCGGGCUGCGCCUCAAAUCGCGACAUCUCCGGAGCAGCCUCCGGAGGGGUACCAGGUCCUCCGCAGUGCCCUGGGCCACCACCACCGUCAGCCACGCUCUGCUGGGCAACUUUGAGGAGUCCAUCCUAAAAGGGCGCUUUGCACCAUCGGGGAGGAUCGAGGGGUUCACGGCAGAGAUCGGUGCCAGCGGCUCCUACUGCCCCCAGCACGCCACCCUGCCUGUUGACGUCACCUACUUCGACAUCUCCGAACACAGCGCGCCCUCGCCUUUCCUGGGAGUGAUUGACUUGGAGGCCUUGGGAAAGAAGGGUUACAGUGUCCCCAAAGCUGGAACCAUCCAAGUGACCUUAUUUAACCCCAACAAGACUGUGGUGAAGAUGUUCUUGGUGACGUACGACUUCCAGGACAUGCCGGCCAACCACAUGACCUUCCUACGCCACCGCAUCUUCCUGGUGCCCGUGGGGGAGGAGGAAGGGGCCACGGCGGCCCCCAGCGACCCACCGGGCUCCGGCCCACCUCGCAGGGUCCUCUGCUACCUGAUGCACCUAAGGUUUCACAGCUCCAAGUCGGGGAAGGUCUACCUUCACGACGACAUCCGGCUGCUUUUCUCCCGCAAGUCGAUCGAGGUCGACUCGGGGAUCCCCUACGAACUGAAAUCCUUCACGGAGAUGCCGAGGAACCCCUGCUAUUCACCCCGGGCCUGACCUUCUCCAUCCCCCAGGGCUACCAGGGAGCCUCCCACCCAACACUUUGGGGAGAGAUGAGUAAAGGGCCAGCAAGCAAGCACUGCCUUGAAGUAUCGCCCUCCCCGUGCGCCCCCAU